UCCCUAUUGCCGUGAGUUUCUCAUUAGGUUCGGAACAAGUAACAACAACGCGCGGCGGAUGUUGUGCGUCCACUGACUCAGUGUGUGAAAUACAAUAAAAUACCGUGAAAAACAACAAGAGAAGAAAGAAAAAAACAAAUUGGAACAUUGGAAAAAAGUUGUUGAUUUUGCGUGACGUGUAAAUGUAAAAUGAAAAAGAAAAUUGUUACAAAGAAAACAAAUUAAACGAUUUUAAUAAGAUAAAUAUAACGAGUAUUAAUCCAUUGGAACUUUAAAAAACAAACAAAACAAAAAAACUCACAAAAAGCACUCUUUGAAAAUCCCACCAUUUUUUGUUGUUUAUUUCAUUAUUAUUCUGUGUGUGUUUGCAUCUGUGUGUGUUUGAAUGACAACGACGACGGUCAUCAUCAUCGGCUAUCAACAAUAAAAUACCCGGUCUCUAAUUCUAAUCAAUACAAUUGUGUGUUGAUUUGUUGUUCUCUAUUCUCGUGUCGUGUUGAGUCUCUCUCUCCCAAACUCUCGCACACUCAUCGAUUACAUUCCUCGUCGUAUUUGCCGGUCGGUUAUCUAUGAGAGACAGACUGUUGCACACAGAACAUCAAUAGAGAGAGCAGCAGCAGCAAUAGCAACAACAACAACUACACCAUUGACCAUAGAAAACAGAUUUUGGGAAGAUUGCUGAAAUAAUUACGACAUAAAAGUUACCUUUUCGCCGUUGCUUUGAGUGAAUACAUUUCAAGGUCUUGCAACUUCACCAUUGGUUGCUGCCAAGUAAUAGUUACUUCCAUGAUUUCUAUGAAAUUUGGAACAGCACUCGGAAUUAUGUUGUAAAGAGAAGAUACCCCGAACUUUUUCCAUUGUAAAUAGAGAAGAAAAGAAAAAAAUCCACGACAACCAGGAAAAAAAAAUGAAAAUCGGCACCCAUUUUCACAACGCCAUCAUCAUCAAAAGAAUAUGCAUUAAAUUUGCAUAGAGCUAUAGAAAAAAAGUAACAACAAAGAAGAGAAGGAGAAAAGAAAAGCACAACAACUAAACACAAAAAAGGAAAAAAAGAAGUUAACAGAAAUCUAAGUCAAGCCAGCCAGCCAGCCAAGCAUUCAGUCAUUGUGGCACUUAGUUAUUCAUAAUUUCCCUUUUGCCACAGCUGCUUUUUUUGAGUUUCCAUUUUUUACUUCUUUUUGUGUGUGUGUGUGUGUGUGUGCGUUUACUUAGCCCAUUGACCAACAGAACAACGGGGCAAAAGGCCAACAAGUUUUUAUGGCAUAGCAGUAGCAGAAAAAAUAUCAGCCAACUUCAAAAGGAAGAGGAAUAGAGGAAAAGCAGCCUGGAAGAAGUACCACCUUUACAACAAAAAAAAGAGACCACAAAAGGAACAGAAACGCUUCAUUAACUUUGAAAUCCUACCUUACAACAAACAUACCUCUCUCUCUCGCCCGCUCUCUUGCACUCCUACUCUUAUUUUAUUAUAAUUCUUUUUUAUAAUUCUUCCUUUUUUUUGCAAAAAAAAAAAACGUCCUGAACAACAGCCUCCUCGUAAAUAGAUGGUUGGGUUCAAGAUAAUGCCAAUAAAACAUCAUCGUCGUCAGCAGCAACAGCACCACCACCAACAACAGCAGCAGCAGCAGCACCAUCAUUAUUGUUGUCGUUGUCAUCCUUCUCAUCAUCAGAAUCAAGAACAGCAGCAGACAUUAGAAAACGCUUUCAAAAUAAUCACAUGAUAUAGUCAUCGAGCAGGCUUCCUCAUCGCAGCAGCAUUUUAAGGACAUCCCAACAACAGAAAAAAAUCUCAAAAAGAAGAAGAGGAGAAGAAAAAGGCAACACUACACUAGCUAGCUAAAUAAAAAAAAAAACCUGAAACUCCUACACAUCAAGCAAAACUCUACAAUCAAUUCGACUCCAAAAAAAUAUCAACCACAACAAACAAGGAUAUAUUAUCCUUUUUUAAUUCAUCCAAAAAAAUCCUAGAAAAAAAAACUUCCUAAAAAAUAUUUCUUCGCUACAAUUCCAAACCUCCCGGGAAAACUAGAAAAUAUUUCAAUCAAUCAACCGACCAACCAGCUGUGAAUAUCCUAUCCCACAGAAACCCAUCAAACGCCUCAUUAACAUUGUCACUCUAAUUAGACAGGCCAGCCAGCCAGCCAAUUCUGUCACCCCUCCCUCUCUCCCAGAGGGCCAAGACUUUUGUGAACUUUUAACAUAACAUCGUUAUUGUCGUCGUCGUCGUUGUCGGCUUGUCAACGCCUUUACAAGUUAUUUAGCACCAACGACAACAACAGCGACCACUCAUCAGAUAACAUUGUCAACAACAACUCUUGAACACCAACAACAACAGAAACAACAGCAGCAACAAUGUCUUCAUUAGGCCUAACACGUCUAUUGCGUGGUCGCAUGCGUUCCAAUACCUGCCGCAUUAUUCUCCUGACUUCACUCGUCUGGGUCAUUGUCGACUUUGUGCUAAUUGCCCAUUAUUCGGAUUGUAUCGGCAAAGAUGGCUGGCGGUGCAAACGAAGCGGUGAAUAUGAUGUUGAGUUACCUGCUGCCGAGAAACGUGUCGAUGAUGACAUGGUGGGCGACAAUGAAAUAAAUACCGAAAACAGUAUAGACAAUGAUGGCGGUGGGGGACCUCUUCUGGGCGCCGCCAGUGCAGGAAUGGCCAAUCGAGACGAUAAUGCUCUGGUGGGUCAAAUUGGUCAUGGCUUUGUGAGUGGUGGCAUUUCGGCUACCUAUCGCACUACCAUGCUACGCAAAUGGUAUUCAGCGCCAACGGUACGCGAACAGAAGGGCAAACCCGGUGAACUGGGAAAACCGGUGAAAAUUCCCACGGAAAUGAAAGAAUUGGCCAAAGAGAAAUUCAAAGAGAAUCAAUUCAAUUUGGUUGCCAGCGAUUUGAUUUCCCUGAAUCGCUCGCUAACAGAUGUCAGGCAUGAGAACUGUAAAAAGAAACAUUAUCCUUCGAAACUGCCAACCACCUCCAUAGUCAUAGUUUUUCACAAUGAAGCCUGGUCAACAUUGCUGCGCACCGUCUGGAGUGUGAUAAAUCGUUCGCCACGUUCACUUUUGAAAGAAAUCAUUUUGGUCGAUGAUGCAAGUGAAAGAGAUUAUCUGGGCAAAAAGUUGGAAGAAUAUGUUGCGACACUACCCGUCCAUACGUUUGUUUUGCGUACUCAAAAACGUUCCGGUCUGAUACGUGCUCGUCUAUUAGGUGCUGAACAUGUGACGGGUGAAGUUAUUACAUUCCUCGAUGCCCAUUGUGAAUGUACGGAGGGUUGGCUGGAGCCAUUGCUGGCGCGUAUUGUACAAAAUCGUCGCACGGUUGUGUGCCCCAUUAUCGAUGUUAUAUCCGAUGAAACAUUUGAAUAUAUCACAGCAUCCGACUCGACAUGGGGUGGUUUCAAUUGGAAGCUAAACUUUAGAUGGUAUCGUGUUCCUCAACGAGAAAUGGAGAGGCGCAACAAUGAUCGCACCGCUCCAUUGCGUACACCCACCAUGGCUGGUGGUCUGUUUUCCAUAGACAAAGAUUAUUUCUAUGAAAUUGGUUCCUAUGAUGAAGGCAUGGAUAUCUGGGGUGGUGAAAAUCUGGAAAUGUCCUUUAGGAUUUGGCAAUGUGGCGGCAUUUUAGAAAUUAUACCAUGCUCCCAUGUGGGUCAUGUAUUCCGUGAUAAAUCGCCAUACACAUUCCCCGGUGGCGUUGCGAAAAUUGUCCUCCACAAUGCGGCGCGUGUGGCCGAAGUAUGGCUGGAUGAAUGGCGCGAUUUUUACUAUGCCAUGAGCACAGGUGCUCGCAAAGCAUCCGCUGGCGAUGUCAGUGAACGUCGGGCUAUGCGUGAACGCCUGAAGUGUAAAUCAUUCCGUUGGUAUUUGGAAAAUAUCUAUCCCGAGAGUUUAAUGCCCCUGGACUAUUACUAUUUGGGCGAGAUCCGCAAUGCCGAACUGGAAACCUGUUUGGAUACCAUGGGCCGUAAAUAUGGCGAAAAGAUUGGCAUGAGCUAUUGCCACGGCCUGGGUGGCAAUCAGGUGUUUGCCUAUACCAAACGUCAUCAAAUUAUGUCCGAUGAUUUGUGUUUGGAUGCCGCCCAAUCACUGGGUCCCGUGAAUAUGGUGCGCUGUCACAAUAUGGGCGGCAAUCAGGAAUGGGUGUACGAUUCAGAGGACAAAUCAAUACGACACACAAACACCGGCAAUUGUCUACAAAGGCCAUCGAGAGAGGAUCCCACAACACCGUUACUGCGUCCGUGCAACUUUUCGCGGGGGCAACAGUGGCUGAUGGAGUCGAAAUUCAAAUGGCAAGCUCAUUAGUUGUAAACUUAGUUGUUGUUGGCUUAUGUUUUUUUUUUAUUAAUUGUGUUUUAGUUAGUACAUUCAAUUAUAUAGAGAUAUAAUGAAAAAAAAAUAUUAUUUUUAAUUGUAAUUCGUAAUUUUUUUAUUAUUAUUUUAUUUAAUUUUUUAAAAAUCAAAAUAUUUAAUUUAAAAAAAAAAUCUUUGACUCUUUGGCUUAUUUAUUUAAAAAUUAACCAUUAUUUUUUUAUGUAAUGAAAAAAAAACACAUAACACAUUUGUUUUUUUUUUAUGUAAAUUAAAUUAAGAUAUUUUAAAUUUCUUUAUUUAACAAAAAAAUAAGAAAAAAAAACAACUACAACCAUCAUACAAGAAAUAAACAUAUCCUAAUUUUUAAAUCUCUAAAAAAACGAAGAAGAAGAAAAAUCAUAGAUUUUUGUAUCAUUUUUAUUUGUAAAAGUAACGGAAUUAUUUAAGCUUUAUUUGUAGAAGAAUUUAGUUAUAUGAAAAAAAAACUAAACGAAAAAAAACUAUUCCCAUCCCAAUUUAAAAAUAAACAAAAAAAUAUAUCACAAUUUUUAUACUUAUAUUGUAUUGUAUUGUAUUUAUAGAAAAUAAAUAAAAAUUAAAAAAUAAACAAAAAAACCACGUAAAUAUGAAACACAAAUAAGUCAUUGACAUUCUGAUUUUUAAGCAUUCUCUUUUUACAUUUAUAAAUGAAAUUAUUAUAAUAAUAAAUAAUUAAAUAAUUAAUAAUAGGUAUAUACUAUACAUGCAUAACAUAUACAUACUACAUACAACAACUAACUGUUAAGAAGAUAAUACAGUACAGCAUACAAGAACAUACAACUACAACUACAUACAAAAUAUAAAACAAAUGUGUCUUCCCUUGUAUUAAUUUUAUUUUAAUUAAUUUUUACAACAAAACGUGUGAAGAGAAAAACGAUAUGAAAUUUAAAACAAAAAAAACAAGAAAAAUAAACACAACUGAGAAAUAAGAAAUCAAUUCAAACUAUGAAACUCAUCUUUCUUUCAUUUUAGUCUCUAUACGUAUACAUACGAUAUUUUUAAAUGAAAGUAAACCUUUGUAUAAAUCUUAUUAUUAUUACUAACAAGUAAUAUUAAUAAUUAUUAUAAAGUACAUAGAAAAAAUAAUAAUGAUAAUAAUAAUAAAUAUUUUUUUUUUUCCUAAAGACAAAAUAAAUAAUAAAAUAAGAAUGAAGCGAAAAAUA